CACGAUCGGUGGACUCACUUUAUGUCUGGUUGGAUAACUGAUUCCCUUUAGCUGUCAUCCAGCUAAUAUGGGACUGUCAAGUAUUUCGUGAGAGUUUCAUGUUUGAAUUAUCGUAGGUAGUAUUUUCCUUUAUUUCUAAGAGCUUAAUUAUGGUUGCAAUAAACCAAGUUGUGCGCAAAAUUUUAAGUUAUGUUCCUUUUCUUCUUGUUUUGAUUGACCUGCGAUACGAAGGUAAGCAUUCUCAGACAAUGGAUUUCAACCUAUAUUUAUUACAGUUAUGUUACCAGGUCCAGUAGCCUGCCCUACAGACAGUAGCUACAAAAAUAUACUAGCUAGUUUGUUAGUUAGUGUAGAUAACUAGCUAGGUUAGCGGUUUGAGUUUCAGGGGAGAUAGCCUUACAAACUAGUUAGCUAACAAUAGUAUGUGCUUCAUGCAUUCCAUCAUUUGUGUUGGCCUUCACGUGCAUACAGUACUUUGUUCGCUAGCUAGCUAGUUACCUAGCUUGCUAACGUUCUACAACGGAGUCAAAUGUACAUGGCUACAAUGUUGUUACUAUCACAGCUGUCACCUAGGUGCUUUUAGCAACGCGGGUGUAUUUACAUACACUAACGUUAGCGUUGCUUUCAAUUGUAUUGGGUUGCACAAAUAGUCCGUGGGAAUACAAUUAUAUUUAAACUUAUUGUACUGGUGGGCAGGGCGACUGGUCAUUACGAAGGGGGGAAUAUGAGACAAAAUAUCGUAUUAUUAAACAUAGUUUCCAAACGUGGGUCUUGUUGUAGACCAACUUCCUGCUUACCUUAUGUCAAAGUAAAAGUCCUGCACGUGCGCCAUGUGUGGACAAAAAAUGAAUAACUUGUGUGGGAUUUAUUUUUAUUUUUUUACAUGAGGUAAGCAGAGAAGAAGUGGGUCUACAACAAACCCAAGUUUGGAAAGUGUUUAAUAAUACGAUCCUUUAGAUAUUGUCUCAAAUUUCCCCCUCAUAAUAACCAACCGACAUGCCCACCGGCACAGUAAGUUGAGAUGGAAUUGUUUUUAACCAGGGGAGAAUGACUGCCCUCUCUCGUUGAAGCCAUGGCAAUCUUAGUGGUCAGUUCGUGUAAAUUAAAAAAUGUUUCGAAGACAAUCAUGGUAUAAAUAAUUGUUUUUAAUACACCGGAUGUAUGUCCUUGAACCGAUUGUUUUAAAACCGAUUGUUUAAAACCGCAUAUAAGGAUAAUUUAGUUGCUAAUGGCAGCCUGCAGUACCCCUGUCGGCCUUCAACUUGAGUUACUCAAUGAGAGGGGCAGCACUGAGCUAGCCUGCAACAUCACUUCCUGGAGUAGCGCAAACAACGGAUGUAAUGUCUCCAUGAGAAGCCAUCUUAACAGACUUCAUUUAGCUUCAAUGCGCUAUUGAGUCUUCACAUAGGAAUGAAUGGUGUCACGUGAUUGAUGGCAGUCAUUGUAUUUAACUUCUGGCUUCCCAUGGACUGUUUUUGUGCAACCCAAUACAAUUGAAAGCAACUCUAGUGCAGUGUUUCCCAACCAGGGGUACUAGGACUAUCCACAGGGGGUACUUGAAAAAACCCAUGAGACAAUAGUCUUACUGGUCAAAUGCACAUGAAGGGGUACUUCAGGGGUACUCAGGGCAGAGCAAAAAACUGUUGGUGGUACAGUAACCGAAAAAGGUUGGGAACCACUGCGCUAGUGAAUGGAAACUUUAGUCAUUAGUGGAGUAGCUAGCUACUUUGUAUUUUACAUUUUAGUCAUUUAGCAGAUGCUCUUAUCCAGAGUGAGUGCAUACAUUUUUCAUACUGGCCCCCAGUGGGAAUCGAACCCACAACCCUGGCGUUGCAAGCGCCAUGCUCUACCAACUGAGCUACAUUGGAAGACUAACUACAAGGUGGAAAUACUGUAAUCUGCACAAACUGUGGUUACUUACAUUUUGGAUGACAUUCUCCUUGGUUUCAGGGGUAUGUGGCAAGGAUGGAAGUUUGGAGAACCAUUUGGAGAUGGGGAAGAAACUCCUUGCUGCUGGACAGCUGGCUGAUGCACUCUCUCACUUCCAUGCUGCUAUUGGUCAGUACUAAAGGAUUUAAAUUGUUGACAGUAGAAUCAAAUUGAAUAUUCAUAAUGUGCACUUUUUAGUAAAGUAAAGAGGGUUUUAUGAUUUGUGUAAAACCUCUUUACUUCUACUUUAUAAUUUCUAUCAAUAUAUAGUAUAACUAUAGUAUAAAUAAUAUAUAUUUAUUGUUUUGCCAUUGCCUGUGUUUGAUCAUGCUCAGAUGGGGAUCCAAAGAACUACAUGGCCUACUACAGGAGAGCUACAGUCUACCUGGCCAUGGGCAAAAUCUAAAUCUGCUCUGCCGGAUCUGAGCAAAGUAAUUGAACUCAAACCAGACUUCACAUCGGUGAGUCCACUGUCUACUUUUAGUAGCAGAAAAAUAAAGGGGAAGAGUGUUUAUCUUACUGUUUCAAGGUCAGUGUAUGCUUGAAACAUUACAAACUGCUGUUAAUAAACUAGUGUUUAAAGUCUGUUUAGACUAGAGGAAGACUCACUUUAGUUCAUUUCAUUAAAAACAACCACAAACGCACUCUUAUCUCGUCUCUCACUCUUCCAACAGGCAAGACUUCAGAGAGGCAAUCUACUCCUGAAGCAGGGGAGACUAGAUGAAGCAGAGAGCGACUUUAAGAAAGUGGUAAGUAAUGUCAACAUACAGUAACAAUCUCACUGGAAGUGAUUUGUUCAAUGGCAGAAUUAAGGAGUAGCAGCCAGGAGAUGUCAGUAUUGACCAGUGGAAACAGCUCCGUCUACAGUACAGUACAUCUAAAGGGAAACGAUUUGAUCAGAUUAAUGCACUUGCACUAAUGUAGAUAUUGGCUUUGUUGUUUGCCAUAUUCAUUGGCAAAUAGCCUAAGGCUAAGAUUUAACAAUACCUACUUGAACAGGAAUAAUGAUAAUGCAAUACAGUUAUGAAAUUGGUAUUUUACUUUAUAAUUUAUAUCAGACAUAUUCAAUAAGCCAAAUUAACAAUGGAAAUGUGAAAUUGUGUUCAGUAGGACAGACAAUGUACAAACCAAGCUUAAUUAGAUGUCUAGUCAUCUCUCCUCUUGCCCGUCAGGGACAGUUUUCAGGUGCCCAUUAAGGUAGAAGAGUGAAAAUCACUGAUAGAUUUUCCAUUAGUAUUACCAUUCUGCCCAGAGCAUCAUAACAUUGCCAGAAGACAUAAAUGCCCUUGCAGUUCUACUUUUAAUUAUUUGGUAUUCUCGAGUAGGUAUACCCAGUAGAACAUGCAGUGGAAAUCUUGACGUAGGCUAAUUCCUCUAGCAGUAGAGUUUGAUUGUCAGUCACUUGUGUCACCUCAGGUAUUGUCCUGGGUCUACAGCCCCUUGGGCCCUGGCCAUUUAUACAUCCCUCUUCAGAUACAGGGAGGGGAAGCAAUAAGGAACACUAUGCGUUAGAAUGUAGAAUAGCAAGAUUGAGAUAGUCAGUGUUUUUGGUUGGCUUUAAAUUGAUUAUUCAAGGACACUUCCCAGGUGGCUUACCAGGCAAAAUGUAGAGCCGUUGUAAUGCUGCUCUUUAAAAUGCUAGUAGAAGUAGAUUUAAGAGACCGCUCAAGGUGUGGAAAGUUCCAUAAUUGAAGUCAACUAUCAUGCUCCUGCUAUUGGGCGGCACUGAGCCAUAGUCACAGUUGGAGGGCAAUAUGCAUUUGGACCUGUACAGUUUUAUGUGUACCAUAUUUUGCCAGUAUGUUGUCGACGGCUCUGGCUAGAGGUGCAUGCUGUCCUGCUGCUUCAGCAGUCUAUUACACUGGCAUGUUGUAAUGCAUCACAUUUAUUCAUCACUUCCCUGCCAGGGCUGAGCUAGCAGUAAAUCCUAAUAGGAUAGCCAAGUCUAUUUGUAACGUAUGUCCCAUUAACUAAGAUUGCUAUCAUGGAGAUGAUGACCAAUAUGAUGGGGAUGACUGGUGGAUAAUGGGUUCAGGGAUCAGGACUGCAAGUAAAGGGAGGAGUGCUAGGUAAAGCUUUUAAGAAUCAGUUAUUAUAAGUGUAUUUACAAUAGAGGGUUCAUCCUUUCAAUGAAUGUGUUACUUUCUUUCAAGUAAAUAGGCUGUAGUAUGUGGCCUGCUUCCAUACCUUUCUAUUGGUUAAAAUUAAUUGUUCUAUCUUGUAGCUCAAGUCGAACCCUAGUGACAAAGAUGAGAAGGAGGCCCAAAGUCAGCUCAUGAAAUCUGAUGAAAUCCAGAGGUGGGUGACUCAGUCACGAGCUAACUUUGACCGCAAGGAUUACAUCACCGCUGCGGCCCACCUGGACUUAAUUAUUGAAGUGAGUGGCACACCUGACCCAACUCCUAAUGUCAUCAGAGAUAUAGCAAGUCCUGCUAGUACACUAUGAUCUGUGGCUGUUCUUCCUGAGACUAGAUGUUGUCACUUUCACCACUAACCAUAAAUAACAUUAUACCAAAUCUGUUUACAUGUAUUGAGCUGUACUGUUUCCCUGCCAGACGUGUGUGUGGGACGUGAGCUCCAGAGAGCUGCGGGCAGAGUGCUUCAUCCAGAUGGGAGAGAUGGGCAAGGCCAUCAGUGACCUGACAGCUGCCUCCAAACUGAAGAGUGACAACACCCAGGCCUUCUACAAACUCAGCACCAUCUACUACCACCUGGGAGACCACGAAAUGUCCCUCAAGUAAGACUGUCUGUGAAUGUGAGAUUGACACACGGUACAUUUGGACAAAGCUGCAUCCCUAGAUGUAAUUCAUUGAGAGGAUGCCUGACUGGUUCUACUGGUUCUGUUUCCUCUCUGAUGUCGCCAGUGAGGUUCGAGAAUGUCUGAAGCUGGACCCAGACCAUAAGCAGUGUUACAGCCACUACAAACAAGUGAAGAAGCUCAACAAACAGAUCCAGUCUGCAGAGGAGUUGAUCCAGCAGCAGAGGUGUGUGUGUGUGUGUCCCCGUGUGUGUGUGCAGUAAGAAUAUACCCUUGGAUCAGCAGAGAUACUGUAUAUAUCCUAUAAAUUAUUGAUUUAUCCUCCCCCAAUAAGCUAUUAAAAGCAGACUGUCUCUCUAAAUGGAUCUGACAUCACAUUUAGCAUCAUCAGCUACUAGAAAUGCAGAUGUCACAGAUGGAGUCAUAUAGGUCUGGGGGUGUAGUGAUAUUCUCUGAGUAGGUUGUGUAAGAGUAAAAUCCUGAUGGCAAGAAGUCACUAAGACUCCUGUUUUACUUGUAGGUAUGGAGAUGCAGUGAGUAAAUAUGAGUCAGUGAUGAAGACUGAGCCAAAUGUGCCCCAGUACUCACACCAUGCCAAGGAGCGCAUCUGCCACUGUCUGGCACAGGUAUGACUAUCUGUGUAAUGUAGAUUUGAUGGGACAAUAAAGCUUUUUGAAUUACAAAUGAAAUCUAGACAUUUUGUGUAUUUUGAGUGAGUUUGGGGUUGUAAUUUGAGCAUGUGUCCUUGUUCAGGAGCAGCAGGAUGUAAGCAGAGCCAUCACAGUGUGCAGUGAGGUCCUUCAGUCUGACCCUCACAAUGUAAACGUGUUGAAGGACAGAGCAGAGGCCUACCUACUGGACGAACAGUACGAGGAAGGUAAUGUCUAAUUAAUAUUUAAUAAUUGAAUUGAUUUAUUUAGCGAUUUUCCAGUGCUUAAAGCACUUUUACAUAGUAUGGGAGGAACUCGCCUCUUCUCUAAUGGCAUCUGACUUUUUCCUGACAUGGACGAGUCUUUGUCCAUACAACAUGCCGAUCAGUGGAAUCUUCUCAGGUUUGCUGUUCAACAUUGUCUUGGCAGUUGUUGUUUUUUGGAGUGGUGUUGAGGGUUUGUUGAUAACCGAUGAGUUAUUCUGAAGGAUGAAAGUAGAGGGCACUGUUUUACUAUCAGAGUAACAUUAAUCUAUAGUCUGUAUGGAAAGCAAUUAUUUGUGAGAAACUGAUUGCUACUACAAUAAAAAAGGAUAGGAGGAAAAAUAUGUACUAACUUUAGUUUUCUUUCUGUUCAACAACAUGUAGUGAUUUAGUUAGCCCAAAGUGAUGCAAUAUUAUUAUAAAUGCAGAGGGAGCAAUUUCCCCUCUGGUCUGGACCCUAGUAAGCAGUAAGCACAACCUGGACCACUCGUUAAUCAAGCCGCUAGCAAUUCAGUGGUGGCAGAGCCAACACACACACACACACACACACACACACACACACACACACACACACACACACACACACACACACACACACACACACACACACACACACACACAGGCUCAGUGGUGCCAUCUGGGCCGAGCCAAAUGGAAGGGACCUUAACACUUUGCCAAGUCUUACCUGUGGUCUCUGGCUCUGGAGUAGUGUUGCUACAGUGUAGGUGUGUACUUCCAAAUCCCUGAAAUGUACUCUACUGCUACGUUAGACUAACAAUUCUCACUACAAAUCAUUGAAAAGCUAGUCAUGGAUGUAGAAUUUAAAUAGCAAAUUAUACAAGAGUGCUAACAUUUUACAAGGUGGGAAGUGUGAAUGUAAUUGUUCCAAAACAAUCAGCUGAUUAGAAAGCUUCCUCCUAGCCUCAGAGAGGAGGCAGUGAGUGUGUGUUUGCAGUGUAUAAAUAGCGUGGCAUCUGUGGCUGGCUACGAUGCGGCUCAGGCAGCUUCCAUGUAGCCACAGGCGAUCUGGGCAGUCAGAACUGCGCGCGCUACCCGCACCAGGGCUCCAUCUCCUACACCAGCCUAGCAACCGCAGGGGAUGUUGACUGGGCAGCAGAGGAGGAGUAAAUUGUCAUUAAGUCACUUUAUCUGCUUAGGCGUGAACACAGAGAGUGGCGGGUGGGUGGGAGCAUCACAGACUCAGUCAUGUGGGCUUUUAAACUGUCAGGCUCCACAGGGCGCAGUAAACUGCAGCAUCUCUUAAAUCCUCCCUCCCUCUUGCCCAGCUGCCCGUCCGCCACACACCUCAAUACGCCUCACAGAGUACGGCUGCCUUCAACCACCGCACGCCACCUUCUAGUCUACACAGGCUGCUGGAAUCGAUGCACAGCACACUGAACUAAAGAUGUUUGGGUUUACUCCAUGACUAGACAGCAUAUAAUACAGAUCUGGUUAAUCACCAGAACCAGACUUCCGAUUAGCCGUCUUUAUUCUUGAUUGUACUGCAAAGAUAAUGGUGGUAUUGUACAGACCCCCCCCCCCCCCCCCCCCCCCAUUUAAUACAUGUAGGUACUGUAUUAUAGGUUAUUUAUGGGUGUUUACUCUCUCUGCAGCUAUCAAGGACUAUGAGACUGCCCGUGAGCACAGUGAGAAUGACCGGCAGAUCAAGGAAGGGCUUGAGAAAGCACAGCGCCUCCUCAAACAGUCCCAGAAGAGGGACUACUACAAGAUCCUGGGAGUCAAGAGGUGCAUUACAAACAGCUGGGGUGCUCUGCUAGUCAUAGCUCAUGUAGAAUACUGUAAAGCAGAACGGAAUUGUAUUACCUCUGUUUGACCCUGUCGCAGGACUGCCCAGAAGAAGGAGAUCGUAAAGGCCUACAGGAAACAGGCACAGCAGUGGCACCCAGACAACUUCCAGGACCCUGUAGAGAAGAAGAAGGCAGAGAAGAAGUUCAUUGACAUUGCUCAGGCAAAGGAAGUGCUCACUGAUCCAGGUAAAUGUCCUAUGGGUAGAGCUUACUCCCCCCCUCAGCAGCUGUUCACUAACCAGACAUCAAGUGGAUGUCAAUGAAGACUGAAGCAGACCGAUGUAUAGGGUCAGAUAUACUGGAGUUCAUCAUUCACCACUCUGUACAUGCCCAAGUUCUCCAUAGUGCAUUUAACGCAGCAGACAUGUUUAUCCUUCAUCUACAAGCCAAUACUUUCAUGACAUUCCAUAUAAAUUGUCACUUAGUACCCUUCUAGGACUUAUUUUUGCAUACUGUAUGUAUCACCCUCUUUGUGCUAGAUGGUCAAACCUUCAAUUUGCGCUUUAGUUGUGUUGAUUUAUCAGUACCCUCGUCACGUGGUUGGGAGGACUCAGGGCUGUCUACCUACCCUUUCAAUUAAUAUUAAAUGGUGUCUCCUGCCAACUCCUGUCAUAUGGAUGAAAAACCAGCCACAUGUCAAAUAUGCAUAGUGUUCUCAACUGCUCUCGAAGCAUUCUUUCACAGUUUCAAAACGCUGAAUGCCUCCACUCAGUCCAUUGUUGCUCUUCGUUAUGUGGCGUUAACAUUGCUGUGUCUGUCUGUGUGCCUGUACAGAGAUGAGACAGAAGUUUGACCAGGGCGAGGACCCCAUGGACCCAGAGAGCCAGCAGGGAGGACACCAUCAUCAGAACUUCCACAGCGGUUUCCAGGGCUUUAACCCCUUCGGCUCCGGACCGUUCAACUUCAAAUUCAACUACCAGUGAGCCCUAAGAGAGGAGCUUAUUCGUGUUCAUCCAGUAUGGCUGUAGCUUAACCUCCCUCGUUCAGGGAGAGCACAAUUACCUUCAUGAUGACAUGUCUGAGACAACUUGAAUAGAUUAAAGAUGUCCUUGCUUUUGAAUGAUACAUUUUUGGAGCUACGUUCACUCUGAUGCAACUCUAUGAAUCUUUUCUAAUCUUUGCAGCAACGCCUAUCUUCAGGGAUCUCACAAUUGAGUUCUGGGUUAAUUCCAAAGCGACCACCUUUGUGGUGUACACUGAAAAUUGGUAUCCAUUCCUAAGACUAAUGUGUACAUAGAUACAGUACUAUUUUUAUAUGAAUGGAGUCAUUCUGAAUUGUAAAUAAAUAUAUAUUUAUGCUUAUAGUGUCAUGGCAUUCCUUUUUGGAAUUCAAUAAUCAAAUACCUAGGUGUCUGGUUAGA